UCCGUCCGUCCAAUAAUAGAAUUUCCUGCAGAUCUGGAAAGGAAUCUUUGUGUUAUAUAGAUACAAGCUGCCCGGCCUAUCUUUUAGCAGAGAAAAAAUGGCGACUCCCACUCCCCUUAACGCUCUAAAGCUCAUGCCUUUUCGCAUGAUUUUCAACCGUAUAUACGCUCUUAUAUACGUAUUCGCCAUCGCAUCUCUUCUCUACCGCCAUGUCCAGACCCUCCUCAGCUCCACCGCCUUUUCUUCUUUCCUCGUACACGCCGCCAUGCUCGCCGCCGACCUGGUUUUCGCCUUCAUGUGGUCGACGACGCAGGCCUACCACAUGCGGCAGGUGACGAGAACGGAGUUCCUGGAGAAUCUCGAGAAGGCGGUGAAGGAAGAGGAUUUUCCGGCGAUGGAUGUUUUUAUAUGCACGGCGGAUCCGUACAAGGAGCCGCCGCUGGACGUGGUGAACACGGCCUUGUCGGUCAUGGCGUACGACUACCCGCCGGAGAAGAUAUCGGUUUACGUGUCGGACGAUGGCGGAUCGGAGCUUACCCUCUUCGCUUUCAUGGAGGCGGCGAAGUUCGCCGGACACUGGCUGCCGUUUUGCCGGGAAAAUAAGGUCGUCGACAGGUGUCCGGAUGUGUUCUUCACGUCUGGUUAUGGUACAAGUCUUCAUGCUCAAAAGCUUAAGAUGAUGUAUGAAAGCAUGAAGGAAAGAGUAGAGAAGGUAUGUGAGAGAGGGAAGAUGAAUGAGGAGUACAUAACCAAUGAACAAGAGCGUUUGGCAUUUGAAAAUUAUUGGACUCCAGGUUUUACUCGCCAACAUCAUCCCACCAUUAUUCAGGUGUUAUUAGAAAGUAGGGAAGACAAAGAUACAAGUGGUUAUCCAAUGCCGAGCCUUGUGUAUAUUUCAAGGGAAAAAAGCAAGACCUCCCAACAUCAUUACAAGGGCGGCGCCCUCAAUACCCUUAUUCGAGUGUCAGGCGUGAUGACAAAUGCACCGAUAAUACUUACUUUGGAUUGUGAUAUGUACUCCAAUGACCCUUCAGCACCAAAACGGGCUUUGUGCUACUUCAUGGACCGCUCUGUCCGGCCCAAUUUAGGUUAUAUUCAGUUUCCCCAACGCUUUCAUGGGCUCAACGAGAACGACAUAUACGCAAGUGAGCAUAAGCAUAUUUUCCAAAUAAAUACAAUGGGCAUGGACGGGUUUUCGGGCCCAAAUUAUUAUGGGACUGGAUGCUUCUUCUGGCGCCGGACAUUCUUUGGUGGCCCAUCAACGUUUGUUCGCCCAGAAAUUGAGGAAUUGGGCCCGGAUUAUGUUGUCACAAAGCCCAUCAGGGCACCAGAAAUUUUGGAGCUUGCCCACAAUGUAGCAAGGUGCAACUAUGAGGACCAAAGUGAUAGUGGGUGGGGAUAUAAGAUGGGAUUCAAGUAUGGAACCGUAGUAGAGGAUACAUAUACAGGAUAUAGGCUUACAUGUGAAGGGUGGAAUUCCAUAUACUGCAACCCUAAAAGGCCAGCUUUCCUGGGAGAUAUACCAAUUUCUUUGGGUGAUGCCUUGAACCAAAACAAGAGAUGGGGAGUAGGCUUAUUGGAAGUGGCUCUCAACAAAUACUCCCCCCUCACAUAUGGCACUCGCACUGCUGGCUUUAUAAUGGGAUACUGCUACACUCACCUUGCUUUUUGGCCCUUUUGGCUCUUCCCUGUCACCAUUUAUUCCUACCUUCCUCAACUCACUCUCCUCAAUGGCCUCCCCAUCUUCCCAAAGGCGUCGGACACUAUGUGGAUUCUUGUAUACGCUUUUGUAUUCAUCGGAGCAAACGCGCAAGACUGCUACGACUACAUUUCGACCGGCGGGACAUGGCGGCGGUGGUGGAGCGACCAAAGGAUGUGGCUAAUGAGGGCGCUGUCCUCCUACUUAUUCGCCGCCGUCGAGUUCGUCAGCAAGCAGCUGGGCAUAUCCAACCAAGGGUUCACGGUGACGAGCAAAGUGGUGGACGACGAGCAAGGGAAGCGGUACGAGCAGGGAGUUUUCGAGUUCGGCGCUGCGUCUCCGUUGUUUGUGCCCAUCGCCGCCGCCGCAAUCAUCAACCUCGCCGCGUUCCUCCGGGGGAUUGGGCUGGUUCUCGGCGGCGGGAGGGGUUUGGAUUUGUUUGUCGUUCAGAUUUUUCUGGCGGGGUAUGGGGUGUUGAACUCUUUGCCGUUCUAUCAUGGGAUGUUGUUGAGAAGUGAUAAGGGAAGGAUGCCCACUAAGAUCACUCUCAUUUCUAGUUUUAUUGCUUUGGCUAUUUACAUUUCAUUUUCUUUCUUUCUUGGAAAUUAAUUUGUAGGGAAAGGAUACACGCAUGAUGUUAGGUUGUUUUUACUUUUUAAAUAACAUUGUAAUAUAUAAUAGUGCAAAACUAAAAUAUGUACAACUUCAAUAA